ACAGGGAUUAUCGGAAUGCUUGCCAAUACACUGAACAUUUUCACAACAUCUUUGAGUGGACUCCGAACCAAUCGGGCACUGUGACCGACCGGGAAUUCGUAGCCUUUUUCAAUGUCCUUCGGUGCUUUGACGAGGACUCGAAACACAUUAGCGCCGACUCAUCCUCCGCCCUUAAGACCAGCAACUUCAUUGUAUAUUUUAUAGUCCCGCCUUUCUUUUCCCGUCGCAGUGAACAUUUUGAAUUGAAGCAGUAAGGAGACGCCCUGGAACUUUCCUAUAUUCAUCGAUACUCACGAUCACCCCAACGUUUGGUGCCAGUUUCACCCGAGGAGCGAUUUCAUGGUUUCAUCACCCUUGUUUUAUUUCCCGUUCCUCAUCUGCGAAGUGAUUUUACAGAAAAAAGAGGAAGAUCGAUACCGUAUGUUGCUUCAAGCCAUUAAUGUCGCGCGGGUAGGGCAGUUUCUGAUGGACAGUGCAACGAAACCGUUUUUCGUUGUCGCGAUUUACCUCUGUGCAAAUUUGACUGCGGAAAGAUAUGUGGUCACCCAUACUACACCGACGGAAGAGGGAGAAGAGGGCCAAAAGGACCGCCAGGUAUUUAUUGCCAAGAAAGAUUUUGACCUUACCACUGCAGAUGGUGCGGUCACAUUUCUUCGUGAGAUGUACAACCUCGUCGCGAUGCUUGAGGACUUGGCCAAGCAUCUUGACAAACGCAAACAGGAUAGCCUUGUUAAAGUCGACCAGAAUGCUUCCAAGAUUAUCUCACUCACAUCUAAGGCUAAGCAGGACAGGACGGGCGGCUCGACAUUGGCCUCAGUAGUUGAGGGUGAUGCUGACGAGGAGCCUCAAGAUGAUCUCGGCGUCUUUGGUACGGAUGGUAUCCAAGCUAUUCUGAAGAAGAUGAAUUACAAGAUCAACUUAAUCCCUGCUGGGUAUCCACUGAUAGCUUGCGUGUCGAACACUACUAGUACUCACGAGUCCGAGAAGGGAUACCUGAAGUUCGUGAAAGAAGGGGGGAAGGAAAUUGAAAUCUUGCAAUACCUCACAGGAAUCGAUUCCCCUGCAAAUCAUACCAUCUCUGGAGUACGAAUCUGGCCUGUGCGCGGCGGCAACGUCAUAUCGAUGCCGGUGGCUGGCGGCUGGCUCACGUCGCUAACAAAACCCAGUGCACACCCGUGGUCUGUCGCUAAACAGCUGUUCGAAGCGGUCGACUUCAUGCACCAACACGGCGUGGCGCACAUGGAUCUGAAGCCGAAUAACAUCUUGAUCCCCGUCAACGGCGGCCGUCUGACUGUCAUCGACUUCAACAGGUCCUUGCGAGUCAAGGGUGUCGAACAUAGGUUCCGUGGCGUCGUGGGCACUCCCGAAUAUAUCGCCCCCGAGGUAGCCGCUGGUAAUGGCUUCUACAGUGCGAUCCGUGCGGACUUGUGGUCCUGUGGAAAGACAUUAGAGGCCCUGUGCGACAAGUGUCGCCCAUCCACGGAUCGCGAUACCCUCCUCGAAAUUUCGUGGCAACUUAUGGACGAAGACCCGAAAAAACGAUCGAUGAUGACAGAGGUGUUGGAGAGGCUGGCUCGUUGUACCGUCGAUGCUACCAUCCGACCAGGUUCCUCAAGGUAAUGUGAAUCUGAAUCCUUCAUUUGCGGGCAUGCAUUUGCCUGUCGUGAUCAGUUUCUCUGUUGCUCCACAG